CAUGACGCCCUGCCUGUCAGGCUGACGGCCAGGGAGUCGGUGCUCGUGGACCACACGACGGAGCACGCCCGGGGUGUUGAGCUGGGAGUGAUGUGCCGCACCCCCGGGCUGUAGUAGCCAGUGGACGUACGAUGACCAGCACUCACUGGAAGCGACUGUCCACCCUGGUCAUUGGAUUAGCCUUAGUGCACUGCGCGCGCUGUCUGCCGGAGUUACUCAAGCUGGGUGGUCUGUUUGGUGAGGGGGACGAGCACGCCAGCAUAGAGAACGCCUUCAGGUUCGCUGUCUACAGGAUCAACCAUGACCGUCAGCUGCUAGCCAACACCAAGCUGACCUACGACAUUCAGAGCCUCUCGGUCACCGACGGCUUCGGCUCGGCCAAGAAAGUGUGUAGCCAGAUUGACCAGCACCCUAUCGCCGUGUUUGGCCCGAGGGCGGAGAACCUGGCCGCCUUCGUCAACUCGAUGUGUGCGGCCAUGCAGAUCCCCCACCUGGAGAUGAGGAACGACGCCAGGGACGGGCAUCACGUGGCCCCCCACGGGCUGAACAUCAACCUGUACCCGGGGAUACAGCAGAUAGCUCACGCCUACACCGACCUGAUCGCCUACUACGGCUGGACACAGAUGCUGGUCGUUUAUGGCAGCACGUAUGGGUUGAGCCGGGUCCAGCGUGUCCUACGGGGGGAGAUCCCCACCCUGGAGGACGUCCUGGUGCGUCACGUGGACGCCAGCAACAUGAGGCUCAUCCUCCGGGAGGCGAAGGACAAGAGGUGGAGGCGGAUGUUGAUAGACCUCCCUGUUGAUGAGACCACGUUGUUUCUUAAAAUGGCCUUACAAGAAGGAAUGAUUGAUCCAUACCAUCAUUAUAUUGUUACAAAUUUAGAUAUAGAAUCUAUUGACAUGGAGGAUUUCCGGCACAACUACGUCAACUUAACCGGUUUCCGGCUCGUUGACCCAUCGGAUCCGGAUGUGAGAAAAAUCAUCCACGAGAUGGAAAUCUACGAGAUGCAGACCGACUUGAGCCUGCUCAACACAACCGGCUACCUCUCUCUGCCGCACGAGGUGGCCCUGAUGUACGACUCGGUCUACUUGUUGGCCGUGGCGCUGGAUCGCUACGACAAGUCGGCCAUCUUGCGGCCCUUCAAUGCCAGCUGUGAUAGCCCGGCCCAGUGGACCUCCGGGCCCAUUUUGUAUUCCUUUUUAAACCAGAUUCCCUUGAAGGGACUGACGGGUGAUAUACUUUUAAAAACGGGUAGACGGCUUGAUUUUAAACUAGAUAUUCUACAGCUAGCAUCCAAAGGCCUAAUGAAGGGUGGGGAAUGGAGGCUGUCGUCUGGUAUCAACGUGACGUCACAUGAGCACUUCAUGCUGGGGAAUCCAUUCGGCAACAAGACGCUUGUUGUUACCUCACUCAAGGAGGCCCCGUUCCUAAUGGACAAGGAGAACCCAACCCCCGACGAACCCUAUGAGGGUUUCUGUAUUGAUCUGGCCAAAGAGUUGGCCAAAAUUGUUGGCUUUAACUUCCGGAUAGAACUGGUACCAGACGGCAACUAUGGCUCGCCUAACGCAGCUGGGGAGUGGGAUGGUAUGGUGAGGGAGAUUAUUGAGAGGAGAGCCGACCUGGCCAUCGCCCCACUGACCAUCACCUACAUCCGCGAGCAGGUCAUUGACUUCACCAAACCCUUCCUCAACCUGGGCAUCAGCAUCUUGUUCAAGGUCCCGAGAAAGGAAAAACCCGGUCUAUUUUCGUUCCUCAACCCUCUGGCCAUUGAGAUAUGGCUCUAUGUUAUAGGUGCCUAUUUGAUAGUUAGUUUCACCAUCUUCACGCUAGCACGCUUCAGCCCCUACGAGUGGUACAACCCCCACCCCUGCAACCCCAACACAGACGAGGUGCUCAACACAUUCAACCUUUCCAACAGCUUCUGGUUCACGGUGGGCACACUCAUGCAACAGGGGUCGGACAUCAACCCACGGGCAGUGAGUACCCGUAUUGUGGGGGGCAUCUGGUGGUUCUUCACCCUCAUCAUCAUCUCUUCCUACACGGCCAACCUGGCAGCCUUCCUGACGGUCGAGCGGAUGGUGUCCCCCAUAGAGAACGCCGAGGACCUGUCACGACAGACGGACAUUGAGUAUGGCACCAGGGUCAGCUCCUCCACAUUCUCAUUCUUCAAGGACUCUAACAUCGACACCUACAAGCGGAUGUACGCCUACAUGAAGGACCGUCCUCACGUCCUUGCCGAGACCUACGCAGAGGGUAUCGCCAAGGUCAAGAGGGGGAACUACGCCUUCUUCAUGGAGAACCUCAUGAUCGACUACCAGGUGCAACGUAACUGUGACCUCAUGCAGGUCGGAGGUCAACUCGACUCCAAGGGUUAUGGGAUAGGUCUCCCUAUGAAUUCUCCAUACCGGGAUAAACUGUCCAUGGCUAUUCUGGAGCUGCAAGAAGGCGGCAAGAUUCAGAUGUUGUACAACAAAUGGUGGAAGGACACCGGAAGUUGCAUCAGGGAAGACACCAAGGAGUCUAAAGCCAACGCUCUGGGUGUAGAGAAUGUGGGAGGUAUCUUUGUGGUGCUGCUGGUGGGACUAGCCUUGGCCGUGGUUGUCGCCAUCAUUGAGUUCAUCUACAAGUCCAAGGAAAAUGCUUAUGAAGACAAGGAAUCACUAUGCACAGAAAUGGCCCAGGAGCUACGAUUCGCCAUCCGCUGCAGUGGAGCUUCCAAGCGACCAAAGAACAAGUUCAAGAGUCGAUGUCAGGACUGUAGGGACGGCAAGGCUCACAGCAGCCACGCCCACCACAUACAGGAAAUCGGGCCCGAGUCCCCCAACGGCGUCAUCCAGCUGCGAGCCCACAAGGCUCCAUCUUCAGUGCCUUCAUCCACCCGCUCCGCAGGUCGGCGUGUCGAGACAGAGUUCAGGGCUGACGUCACGCACACGCGGGACUUCAACGGCGACUACCAGCACGUCGACUACAGCGACAACGAAGUCUGACCUUCACCCUCAUCACUUCACCGUUGACCUUCACCCCUGCACAACAUUAUUGUAUGCAUCCCUCUAUCAAACUAACUCUUCGGAAAGCUGCUAGAAACAUUUAUUUUUCCAGCGGGGUAUCUUGUCAAGUAGAUCUUUGGGGCAUGUUGUCAAGAAGACAAGAUCUUUGGGGCAUGCUGUUAAGGUGAUUAGAUCAUUGGAAUAUCUAGUCAAGUAGAUCUUCCAGCAUCCUGUAGACCAGAUCUUUGUGGCAUCUAAGGCUGAUACAGCCUCCAUCCAUGUCUAAAAUACAAGAUGUGGAGUAGUCACUGGUGAAGUCAAUUUACUGGUACCUAAACCGACCCGACGACAAACAGAAAUCAAGCAUACGACAUCUGGGAACAUGCAGCUAUAAUUAGCUGUCUUAUUCUGCAGGGUGAACUAGAUAUGCCGUUUU